AUGUCUGUCUUGGAUCUGCAGGGCGCUGUGCGCGUCCUCUCCGAGGCCGUGGGCGACAGCGACCUCGGCCGCCUCUGUGCGAGGCUGCUGCUGUCCGCAAGGGCGCCGCUCUCGCUGCUGCGUGGCCAGAUGGACGCCGCAGCGCUCAGACCCCAGCUCGCGAUGCUGGACGAGCUGCUUCGCGAGCUGGCGCGGGAGGUCUUCACCACCUGGCCUGGCACGCGCAGCGUGUCGGAGCCGGCGGAGUGUUUGGCGCUGCGCGUCAGCUCUUUGCCAAUCUGCUUAUCAAUGCAGCGAACGUGGAUUAGCGGCGCCUUGGAGGCGCUGCGAUGGCAUGAGUGCAGGACGGUGGCGGAGCAGCACGCGGCUCGCUUGCGGGCUGCGGACGCCGCGGAGCAGGACGCGGCUCGCUUGCGGCGUCUCAUCGCUGCGCUCGAGCGGGAGACGACGGUAGAUCCGACGAGCGAUGCGGCGAAGGCAGCGGCGGCGGAGUUGCGGAGGAAAUUGCCCGCGGCGCACUGUGCGCUCCCGGGGGGCGCACAGGGCGCCGCGUUCGAGGCGUUGCGCCAACACACACAGGCGGUGGCGGUGACGGAGGCGGAGCAGGACGCGGCUCGCUUGCGGCCUCUCAUCGCUGCGCUCGAGCGGGAGACGACGGCAGAUCCGACGAGCGAUGCGGCGAAGGCAGCGGCGGCGGAGUUGCGGAGGAGGUUGGGCGGAGUGGGUCAAGGCGGCGUCGGGGGCGCACAGGGCACCGCGCGCGAGGCGCUGCUCGAGGUCUUUUGGAUCGGCAUGGAGGCGCUGCGUCAACACACGCAGGCGGUGUCGGAGGCGGUGGCGAGGCAGGAUGUGGCUCACUUGCGGCGUCUCAUCGCUGCGCUCGAGCGGGAGACGACGGUAGAUCCGACGAGCGAUGCGGCGAAGGCAGCGGCGGCAGAGCUGCGGAGUGCGGCGGCGGUGGCGGAGGCGAGGCUGGAGAUGGCUCACUUGCGGCGUCUCUGCGCGGCGCUCGACAACGAGGACCCGGAGAGCGAUGCGGCGGAGGCAGCGGCGGCGGAGCUGCGGAGGAAGUGGAGGGGGUUGCCGAGGAGGAAGUUGAGGGAGAGCGAGUCGCAACGGCUCACCGCCCUAGCGGUCUCCGACUUGCGGCUCGUCAUCCGAGCGGCUCUCGAUCGUCAUUGUGAGGCGGCUGUGACAGCACGUCACAACCGCCUCAAGGCGGACUACCUGACGGCCCUCGUGGCAGGCCGAGAGGCGCCGGGAGCGGCUUCUUUGGUGCAGGAGAAACCGGAGGGGUCGGCGCCAGGGCUGCCGGAGGAGAGCGAGGUGCCGACGGCGGAGGCAAGCGAGCGGGAGGGUGCAGACCUGGCGGCGAGGGUGCAGCUGAGCGGCGCGGUUGCAGACCUGGCGGCGAGGCAGAACUCGUACUCGUGGGAGAACUCUUACUCGUGCGUCGUGGGAGAACUCGUCGCUGUGUGUGUCACACACUUCUCUACGCCGAACGCGUCCUCGGCCACCAAAAAGCUGUGGGUGAACUCGUACUCGCGCUCGGCGGCUCCCGCCGCCACUGCUGCCGCCAUGACCAGCGCCCUCCACAGCCAGUCGCUUGUGCUCGCUCGAACGCCGAUGGCGAGCGCAGCUGCUCUGCUGCUGGUGCGGCUAUACGUGCGCCGUACCGGUGCUAGCUCACGGUUCGACCGCACGUCCUACCGCUGGACUAGCUGCAACUCGCGGCGGCUCGCGGCGGCAUGCGCUGUUGAUCGACGGCGGCUACCCUCGCUUGCGGCGCUACCCUCGCUCGCGACGCGGCCACGAACCAACUUGCCGCCGCCGCACUCCCGCCUCGCCGGCUAA